CAGGAAUCUUUCUCUCUGGCUUCUACCCCGCCCUAACCUGGGCUUUUCUCCCUUCUCAUCCUCUAGUCUUCAACACUCCCUCCUCUGCACACAGCUUGGGGCACCCCCUACCUACGCCAGCCCGUGUGCCCUCCUCCCCCUUGAGGAUCCUCCUCGUCUGCCCCGCCCCCUUUAACCGCCACCCCUGUUUGUUUUGGUCAGGGCAGUGCCUUCAGCGAGAGCGACUGCGCAUGCUAGCUUCUCUGGCGCACGCGCAGUAGCCGCACAGGAACAAGUUCUGCCCGGAAGUCAGGAGUUGGGACACGACAGCGGUGCGCGGAGGGACGGCGAUGGUUUACAUUUCGAACGGACAAGUGUUGGAUACCCAAAGUCGGGCUCCUUGGAGUUUGUCAUUUAUAACAGAUUUCUUCUGGGGAAUAGCAGAUUUUGUGGUUUUAUUCUUCCAGAGCAUCGUUCAGCCAAAUUUGAGAAGGAGAGGCUAUACAUCUUCCUCAAACUCAAGAUAUGAUGAUGGCAGAGGGCCUCCAGGAAAUCCUCGCCGUAGAAUGGGUCGGAUAAAUCACGGUGGUGGUCCCAGUCCACCACCCAUGGCUGGAGGAGGAUGAGGAAGGUAAAUGCCUGCUUCUUAUGGCAGGCAACUGGACUUACACAUUUGCAUGACUGAAGGGAAUAAGCAUUAGAUGGUGGACCAAAUGAGUUUGAAUACUGUGAAUGUGUAUGUCUAAUGGAAACUGCUCUGCAAUUAAGCAGAUAAUGAAGUUGUGCUGGGAAUUCCUUCUUCCAGGAUCCAGUGUAACUGAAGUGCAGUGUUAUUAAAUGCACAUGUUUUACUGUCUGUUUCAAAGCCUUUUUGUAUAGCUUGUGAAUAUUUUAUUGUAGUGACAAAGUAAUAAGUAAAUAUAUUUGGCUUUGCAAACCA